CUUUGUGGACUCUGGGUACUUAGACGGUGAGCCCCAGCCCUGACCUCAUCGUUCACUGCCAGCAGCGAUGGUGACCACUCGUAGCCAGUCCCUGAGGAUCCCCCGGCCCUCCUACAGCAAACUCCAGGAGAUCUGGGGGGAGCCCUCAGAACACGAGGGGCUAGUCCCCAAAGGGCACCAGAAGGCCCCCAGAUUCCAGAGGUCCCUGAGCUUCCGGCACCGCAGAGAGCAGCCACACUCCCGGUGCCUGGAAACCAGCUCUGGCCUCCCUGCAGGGCUGGACCCUCCUUCUCAUGACAUCGCCGCUGAGGGCCUGGGGGACACAGAGCAGCUGGUCCGAGGCAAACAUCAGGGGAAACAGAGAAUACAACAAUACAAGAAGCAGGUAGAUUAUGCCCUGAGAAGAACAUGGGGGAACUUUGUGGCCAACCUCCCAGGGGUGACCCUCAGCCGCUCGACUUGCCCUCGUUCCCCACUGGACGCUACCAGCUGAAGAAGGUCAGAUGUUGCUGGGAGGACACCUCUUCCCUGGGCUCCUCUGGGGCCCGUGAUGACCUGCUCUUUGUUGAGACUGUCCCAGACUCCUCUCAACGGGCUGCUGCUGCAGCUUCUUCUAGCUUGUCGGCUCCGUUCUGUUUGUGGCAUUUUAUGUACAAAAUUAUAAACUAUAGUUUACAGGCAUUUCCCUUCCUCAGCAUGAACAUCGCUCUUCACGUGGCUCAGCCAGGUUCUCUGCAGAUUUUCUAGGCUGUUUGCAGACCCCACAUUCCCUCCUGGUCCUCCCUGCCUGCUGCUGACUUCCUUCCUGAGGCUCUGAAGUCAGAGGCCGCUAUUCCCUCUGGGGCUCUUGGCUCUGAAGAAGAGGCCAGUCCUUGGCCCCGUCCCCCCAUUACUCUUGACAUCUCGCCCUUUCUACCAUGAGAGAAGAUAUUCAGGGACUUGGAGACUGGAGGGUUGGUGAAGCCAAAUUCCAGACUGAAACCCUCCCUGGACUCCAGGCCUCCUUCUGGGAGCUCUUUGCCGUCUGGUGUACAAGAUGCUCCAUCUUCUGACUUAGCGUUUUCCCUGGUUGCCCCCCAUGCCCGGCGUGCUCUUCCUCCUCAUCUCUGCCUGUCUUCCUGUAGACCCAGCUGAAAUCCUGCCUUCUACAAGAAGCCUUUCCAGAUCCCCUCAACUCUAAGGCCUUCCCUACCCCUCUUACCUCCAAUUUACCAGGGACAUAGCUCAUUGUUGUCUGCAUGCUGUCUCCCAUAUUAGAUUGUGAGCUCUCAGGAGAGCAGACCUGGCUUUUGCCUGCCUUUGUCUUCCCAGUGCUUAGCACAGCGCCUGACACACAGUAGGCACUUAAUUGCACAGGGAGUGACUGAUUGGCUGAGUGGAAACCUGGCCUCUCUGAUCCUCCCUAAUUCUCUGUGUGUCAGCAAGGAUCCAGCUCCUUGGCUGACCUAAGGGAGUGGCUGAGGUCCACCAGCAUCUGGACCUAUGACUGUCAUCCACAUAGACUCCUUUCCUGAGCAUUCUGCAGGACUGAUUACUCGGCAGGUCUGGAAGUGGGCUUCUAGCUUUGCCAGGAGGGGCAAGAGAGACAGAGGUGGUGAAUUCCUGCUGUUUCCAUGACCUCCCCUCCCCGAUGCUGCCCCUCUCCUGGCCUGAAGAGCCCCAGGAUAGCUGGAGGGUGGUCGGCCCCCUGCCCUUCCAGGAGACACGUUGCACCCUAGCCCAUGCCCCUCCUAGCCCGGUGUCUG